AUGUCUUCAGUUGAAUUCCGGCUGUCUGUUCCCCUGGAAGCACCUACCAUCCACCAACCACCAGCCUCCAGCCACCAUCCACCAGGCCCCAGCCACCACCAGCCACCACCCCCCAGACACCAGCCCCCACCGACCAACCACCAACACCAGCCCCCACCCACCAACCACCAACACCAGCCCCCCAUCCACCAACCACCAACACCAGCCCCCAACACCCAGCCCCAUCCACCAACCACCAACACCAGCCCCCAUCCACCAACAACCAACACCAGCCCCCACCCACCAACCACCAACACCAGCCCCCAUCCCACCAACCACCAACACCAGCCCCCAUCCACCAACCACCAACCACCAACACCAGCCCCCACCCACCAACCACCAGGCCCCCACCCACCAACCACCAACACCAGCCCCCAUCCACCAACCACCAACACCAGCCCCCACCCACCAACCACCAACACCAGCCCCCCCACCCACCAACACCAGCCCCCAUCCACCAACCACCAACACCAGCCCCCAUCCACCAACCACCAACACCAGCCCCCAUCUACCAACCACCAACACCAGCCCCCAUCCACCAACCACCAACACCAGCCCCCACCCACCAACCACCAACACCAGCCCCCACCCACCAACCACCAACACCAGCCCCCACCUACCAACCACCAACACCAGCCCCCCCACCACCAACCACCAACACCAGCCCCCACCCACCAACUACCAACACCAGCCCCCAUCCACCAACCACCAACACCAGCCCCCCACCCACCAACCACCAACCACCAGCCCCCAUCCACCAACUCCAACCAGCCCCCACCCACCAACUACCAACACCAGCCCCCACCCACCAACUACCAACACCAGCCCCCAUCCACCAACCACCAACACCAGCCCCCACCUACCAACCACCAGCCCCCAUCCACCAGCCCCCACCCACCAACCACCAACCACCAGCCUCCACCCACCAUCCACCAGGCCCCACCCACCACCGGGCCCCAGCCACCACCAGGCCCCAGCCACCACCAGGCCCCAGCCACCACCAGGCCCCAGCCACCAUUAAAUAUAAAAACGACAACAGUCACAGAAACAUGUCAUCUUCUCACAGCAGCUAACAACUCAUAA